ACCGAGAUGGAAUAUCCCAGUCUCAACCGGUUUCAACCGGUAUUGGGUUUGAAGCAUGAGAUGAGAGGAAGAGGUGCCUUACACGCUCUUAAACAACCCUGAUAUCUAAUAUUAUAGACGAGUAGAAACUACAAUAAACUCAAGACUCUUUAAUAUCGUGAUUAUGAACCGGAAUAACGCAAAACGUGUGACUCCUUAAAUCUGUGUUAGCUAAGCUAGCUAGCUAGCCAGGGAACCCAAGUCAUCAUUGACUUUUGAAUUAGCAGGCUAACUUGCUAGUCCAACUAGCCGUGAGUUUCUUAAUCAUAGGAUUUUUCUAGUGCAAUUCGUGGAUACGGUUUUGUGGUAAAUGGUCAUUUGUGUUAGUGUUGAUUAUUACACUGAAAGUUCGUUUCAGUGGUAGAACCAAAAGGAGGACAUUUUCGCUAGCAACAAGCUAGUUAGCUUUUUAGCCUGGACGCCAACUGGUAGUCAGUGAAUGUCAAGCCCGUGGAACGUGUGCCAUGAGAUAGCUUGCUUGGCAGCCUCCAGCCUGUCCAGCGUGCAUUGGGAAGACAAGAUAAAGUUGUUUAACCAGAGCAAGUAAUCCUCUAGAUUUCCACACUGCAAAGACAGAAUAAACCAGAGCUCUAUGCCAGCAAACAUGACAAUGUUGGCGGACCAUGCAGCCAGACAGCUGCUUGACUUCAGUCAAAAACUUGACAUCAAUCUGCUGGACAAUGUGGUCAACUCCAUGUACUAUGACAUCGGAUCCCAGCAAAGAAUGGCCCAGGAGGUGCUGACCAACCUUAAGGACCAUCCUGAUGCCUGGACCAGGGUGGACACCAUCUUGGAGUUCUCACAGAACAUGAAGACGAAAUACUACGCACUGCAGAUUCUUGAGACGGUGAUCAAAACACGCUGGAAGAUUCUCCCCAGAAAUCAAUGUGAUGGAAUUAAGAAGUAUGUCGUCGGGCUGAUAAUCAAGACCUCGUCUGACGCCGCAAACGUUGAGAAAGAGGGGGUGUACAUCGCCAAACUCAACAUGAUUCUCGUUCAGAUCCUGAAGCAGGAGUGGCCCAAGCACUGGCCCACCUUCAUCAGCGACAUUGUGGGGGCCAGCCGCACCAGCGAGAGCCUCUGCCAGAACAACAUGAUCAUCCUCAAGCUGCUCAGCGAGGAGGUGUUUGACUUCUCCAGCGGCCAGAUGACCCAGGUCAAGGCCAAGCACCUGAAGGAUAGCAUGUGCAACGAAUUCUCCCAGAUAUUCCAGCUUUGCCAGUUCGUCAUGGAAAACUCCCAGAAUGCCCCUCUGGUCCAGGCCACCCUGGAGACUCUGCUGCGCUUCCUGAACUGGAUCCCCCUGGGGUACAUCUUCGAGACCAAACUGAUCAGCACCCUGGUGUACAAGUUCUUGAACGUGCCCAUGUUUCGCAACGUGACGCUGAAGUGCCUGACGGAGAUCGCCGGGGUGAGCGUCAACCAGUACGAGGAGCAGUUUGUCAACCUGUUCACCCUCACCAUGUGUCAGCUCAAACAGAUGCUGCCCCUGAACACCAACAUCCGGCUGGCCUACGCCAACGGGAAGGACGACGAGCAGAACUUCAUCCAGAACCUCAGCCUGUUCCUCUGCACCUUCCUCAAGGAGCACGGCCAGCUCAUCGAGAAGAGGCCCAACCUGAGGGAGACUCUGAUGGAGGCCCUCCACUACAUGCUGCUGGUUUCGGAGGUGGAGGAGACGGAGAUCUUCAAGAUCUGCCUGGAGUACUGGAACCACCUGGCGGCCGAGCUGUACCGGGAGAGCCCCUUCUCCACCUCCACCUCCCCGCUGCUCUCCGGCAGCCAGCACUUUGACGUGCCGCCCCGACGCCACCUCUACCUGCCCGUGCUCUCCAAGGUGGGGGAGGUGCGUCUGUUGAUGGUGAGCCGAAUGGCCAAGCCCGAGGAGGUGCUGGUGGUGGAGAACGACCAGGGGGAGGUGGUCCGCGAGUUCAUGAAGGACACAGACUCCAUCAACCUCUACAAGAACAUGAGGGAGACUCUGGUGUACCUGACCCAUCUGGACUACGCCGACACGGAGCGCAUCAUGACGGAGAAGCUGCACAACCAGGUGAACGGCACCGAGUGGUCGUGGAGGAACCUGAACACGCUGUGCUGGGCCAUCGGCUCCAUCAGCGGGGCCAUGCACGAGGAGGACGAGAAGAGGUUCCUGGUCACCGUCAUCAAGGACCUGCUGGGCCUGUGCGAGCAGAAGCGGGGCAAGGACAACAAGGCCAUCAUCGCCUCCAACAUCAUGUACAUCGUGGGCCAGUACCCCCGCUUCCUGCGCGCCCACUGGAAGUUCCUCAAGACGGUCGUCAACAAGCUCUUUGAGUUCAUGCACGAGACCCACGACGGCGUGCAGGACAUGGCGUGCGACACCUUCAUCAAGAUCGCCCAGAAGUGCCGGCGCCACUUUGUGCAGGUGCAGGUGGGCGAGGUGAUGCCCUUCAUCGACGAGAUCCUCAACAACAUCAACACCAUCAUCUGCGACCUGCAGCCGCAACAGGUGCACACGUUCUACGAGGCGGUGGGCUACAUGAUCGGGGCCCAAACGGACCAGGCGGUGCAGGAGCACCUGAUCGAGAAGUACAUGUUGCUGCCCAACCAGGUGUGGGACAGCAUCAUCCAGCAGGCCACCAAGAACGUGGACAUCCUGAAGGACGCGGAGACGGUGCGCCAGCUGGGAAGCAUCCUGAAGACCAACGUGCGCGCCUGCAAGGCGGUGGGCCACCCCUUCGUGGUGCAGCUGGGGCGCAUUUACCUGGACAUGCUCAACGUGUACAAGUGCCUGAGCGAGAACAUCUCCUCGGCCAUCCAGACCAACGGAGAGAUGGUGACCAAGCAGCCCCUGAUCAGAAGUAUGAGGACGGUGAAGAGAGAAACUCUGAAGCUGAUCUCCGGCUGGGUCAGCCGCUCCAACGACCCCCAGAUGGUGGGAGAGAACUUCGUCCCGCCCCUCCUGGAGGCGGUGCUGAUCGACUACCAGAGGAACGUGCCGGCCGCCCGCGAGCCCGAGGUCCUCAGCACCAUGGCGACCAUCGUCAACAAGCUGGGCGCCCACAUCACCGGCGAGAUCCCCAAGAUCUUCGACGCCGUCUUCGAGUGCACUUUGAACAUGAUCAACAAGGACUUUGAGGAGUACCCCGAGCACAGGACCCACUUCUUCUAUCUCCUCCAAGCGGUCAACUCCCAGUGUUUCCCGGCCUUCCUCUCCAUUCCCCCGGCCCAGUUCAAGCUGGUGUUGGACUCCAUCAUCUGGGCCUUCAAACACACCAUGAGGAACGUGGCCGACACAGGUCUUCAGAUCCUGUACACGCUGCUCCAGAACGUGGCCCAGGAGGAGGCGGCGGCCCAGAGCUUCUACCAGACCUACUUCUGCGACAUCCUGCAGCACAUCUUCUCUGUGGUCACCGACACCUCCCACACAGCAGGCCUGACGAUGCAUGCGUCCAUCCUGGCGUACAUGUUCAACCUGGUGGAGGAGGGUAAGAUCAGCACGACCCUCAGCACGGCCACCCCGGCCACCAACCAGGUGUACGUCCAGGAGUACGUAGCCAACCUGCUCAAGACGGCCUUCCCCCAUCUACAAGAUGCCCAGGUGAAGGUGUUUGUAACAGGCCUGUUCAGCUUGAACCAGGACAUCCCUGCCUUCAAAGAGCACCUUCGGGACUUCCUCGUCCAGAUCAAGGAGUUUGCUGGCGAGGACACCACCGACCUGUUCCUGGAGGAGAGGGAGGCAUCUCUACGCCAAGCCCAGGAGGAGAAACACAAGAUCCAGAUGUCUGUCCCUGGCAUCCUCAACCCCCAUGAGAUCCCCGAGGAGAUGUGCGAUUGAAUACCAUCGGAGAAAGCGACAACAAACAUGUACAGUUUUGGAAAAAGAGCCCAAGAGAAAGCUGGGAGCUCCUCUUGUCAAUAGUGUGUGUGUGUGCGCAUGUGUGUGUGUGUGUGCGUGGGUGUGGGUGUGCGCGCACGUGCGAGUGAUUGAUUGAGAGGGGGAGGUGGAGGGAAACCGGAGGACCCUCAGCACUCGGUUGUAUGUCGACCAAAUCAAUGCCAAUAUGUAAAUGAGAAUUGCGCCCCUAACCCGGGGCCAGCCCCUUUUUUUGCAUACGGACGCAUUUUAUACGGAGACGUUUAUGUCAUAUGAUAACACUCUUUCCCUCGCUAAUUCAAGCUUUAUGUUUGGUCAUACUAUUCUUUGUUUAGAUGUGCAUGAAGUUGAAAGAAUUAAAGAUUAUUUUUAACCUUCUCUUUCUCUCUCCGCCUAUCCCACACAACCCGACCCAACUUGCCCAUCCCUAUUACCCCAUUCAAUUUGUUUAUAUGUAAUAUACGUUUAAAGCACACAAAGGUUACUCUAAAGUGCUCUAGCGUCAGAAGUUGCUUCGUAGGAAGAGAAGUACUUUUUUUUUUGUCUUCUCGAAGGAGCUGCACGGCACAUGUACACUGCAGAUGAAUGUGAGGUCAAUGGUUAGAAAUGACGCUGCUUCUUUUGUUGUUUUGUUUGUCAGCAGUUUAUUUUUUUCCUUGGGACAAGUCAGGGCUUCUGUUUGCACCCAAAACCGACUGCGAUGAAUUUGGACAAGAUUGUUCGAUCAAAUAGAAGGUUAAUGUGCAUAUCAUCCUGUUUGUAAAGCUGUCUUAGUACUAUGGGAACAUAAAGUUGGUUAUUUUUACAAAA